AUGGAGCUCGACGUUGAAUGUUCCUCCACCAAUUGCACGUGGCCCAUCAUACCAACACUCGCUGUCUGUGGAGAGUGCAACUCGUUGAGGACGUGCCUGUACAGCCUGCCCUCCGGGACUUCAGUGGACAUCAGCCACAAUGCGCCGGCCACCGAGCGGUUCCGGACGGCCUCGUCGUCGGGAAUCUACCACCACUUCAACUCCACGAGCCAAACCUACAUCUCCGUAUUCGACGUUCUCUGGGUCUUGAAAACAAGGAAAAGAACAGAGAUGGUAGGCCAGGAAUGCGCGCUAUGGUUCUGCAUGAUAAGCUACGACAUCACAGUAACCGAGAGCCGGUCCAAUCAGACAAUAACCAACAUCUGGAACACGACACAGUUCGAGACCAGCAAUAGCGCGCACGACGAUGAGUACGUCUUCGUCGACAUACCAGCAGACAUGAACGUCCCGAAGACGUCCAGAUACAGCAUUUCCAGGAAGGCGCUGGCAGCGUUGCAGAGGUUUCUGGAUCCGCUAGUUGAAGGGACGUACGAGCAUCAGUACACCAUCAUCAACUUUUCAUCGGACUGGAUCGAAGGGAUGUACAACGCGCGACACAAUCUUCCAUCGUGGAUCUAUCAAUUUAGCCUCAGUCUAACGAACGAGGUGAGACUCCACGGGCAAGUUCGAAGCAACCAACCCCAUGAAUAUGGCGGACGGGCGUACAAGGUGGCGCAGAUGAUCAUUGUGGAGUGGAAAUGGCUGCUGUUUCCUACAGCCCUGAUCAUCGUCAGCAUCUACUACCUCUUCCACACCAUCAUCAGGGGCGCUCGCGACGGCAUAUCGGUGUGGAAGAGCGAUUCGUUGCCGAUGCUGUUCUGUCGGAUUGAUACGUCGAUUCUCGUGAGAGUUGGCGAUGGCAUGGAUGUCCCCAACGGACUGGACGAUGCCGUCGGCAACGUGAAGGUGUGCUUGUUAAGGGAAGACGACGGCGAUUGGGUCUUCAAGCCGAUUGAGAGCGAAGACUCUUCCUCUGAAUCCGAUGCUGACUGA